UCACCCGCCGGAUCUUGAUCCCGACUUCGACAGUGACGGCUUCUGGCACUCCAACACCAUACCUGCAGCAGAGAGAACACGAGCAUUAGCAGUCAUCAAACAAGAAAGACAAACCAACUUAUGCCCGUCACACGAGAAGCCUGUCGAAGUCCCGCCUCGGUCGUCGCGUUCUUCUCCAACGCCGACAUCUACCACCGCUCGCCCGGCCACCGCGCUCCCGACGACAUCUGGCACCAACGUCUCGGACAUCCUGCAAACAGCACGAUACUUCAAACAAUCCAAGCAGAGGUGUUAGAACGCAACGCCCUUCUGACGACGAACGGCCAGGAACUCCGACGACCACGCGCACGGUGUUUCACAUGCCCCGAAGCAGAUCUUCCUCAUCAACCUUUCCCAGCCCAUCACAAUCCAAGCGCACCCACUUACGCUCCGAUGGAAAAGGAACCAAACUCAAGAGUUUCCAGUCAGACGGUGCACUGGAAUACCAGUCACAACGCUUCAGGACCUAUCUCGCGGAAAGGGGAAUCCGACGCCUGGUGUCUCUGCCCUAUGCUCACCAGCAGCAGGGGGUAGCAGAACGCAUGAACCGGACCUUGCAGACGACGAUGCGAAAACUACUUCUGGGGAUGAGGCUGCCCAACGCACUGUGGCCAGACGCGAUGACACAUGCUGUUCACCUGCACAACCUGCUGUCCUCGCUGACGCAGCAGAAGAAGACGUACCUGGAGCCUCGGAAGCUGCCGGACCACUCCCAUUCUGUUCCGUACCUGUUCCACUCGAUGAAGAUAAUCCCCUCGAUAGCAACAACCUCGACACCUUUUACCACUUCGCCGACCAAGGUUACGCUACACCUCACCCCGUCGACACGAAUAUUUCGGAACGCAUCGGCCCCAAUUUCUUACCUGACCCUGAAGACGGUGACGAAGCAGCUUAUUCCGGGAAUGAAAAUUCCCCUCGACACACGCCCACGGGACUCCAGAUUCUAGGCCUCUGGCAGCAUCUCCACGGCCGUCUCGCAAAGAUCGGCUUCCUACAAUUACCGCAUGACCAAGGGAUGUACCGACUACAGAAGGGAAGAGAUUAUGUUCUGCUCAUCGUCUACGUCGACGACCUGCUCUACAUCGGCUCCACUAUCGACAUCGCCACCUGGUUCGAAGGGGAGCUGAAAGAAGAUUUAACUCU